CCACCAAUGAGGUUUGCAAGACAACCAACCACUCAGGCAGCUAAUCAGGCAACUAAUGAGCAAACAAAGCAGUCAGCAAGAUUAGCAAACAAGAAGGCCAACCAGGCAACCACCAUUCAAACAAGACAGCCACCCAGAUCUGCAAACAAGGCAGCCAACCAACAAGCAAGGCACCCACCUGGACCAAUAAAUAAGAAGACUAAGCAGACAACCAGUCAACCAACAAGUGCGAUAGCUAGCCAUUCAGCAAGAAAGCCAACCACCCAUCAAGCAAGUCAACCAGUCAACCAGCCACAAAAGCAGCCACUAAGGCAACCAACUGAAACAUCUGCUUCAACUUCAAGUAGACCACCACCAUUUGCAGCAGAUUCAAGCAAACCACCACCAAGUAAAGCACUCACAGCUCAAUGGUUCUUAUGCAGCCAGCCCACCUCUCGUACUCCUAAGGAAACAUGGGACACAAAAAAACAUCUAUCUCAGCCUCGAAGGGGGUUGAUACCACCAAGGGUAGUUGAGAGUAGUCAUCUGUUCUCAUAUGGGAAAGGAGGUGGAAUAAGAGCUUAGACAUCUGGUACAAUGUUCUCAACAAACAAGGGCAAAGGCAAGGACAAGGUCUUUGGAAAAUGAAGAUUGGAGAAUGUGGAAGUAGAAACUUUACUUUACUUUUUUUUGUUAUUAUGCUUGUCUGAUAGUGGCAUGUCACUACUUUUUUGUUUUUUUGCUAUUGUGCAGAACUUUAUACUGUAAAGUUAUUUUGUUAUUGUCUUAGUGGGGACAGAACCACUUAUUAUGUAGAUGAAAUUUGGUAGUGUUUAUCCAUUAAUGUUAGGUGGAGUCCACUUGUUUUUAAACAAUGCUUAUUAUAUAUAGUAUUGAAUUGUACUCUUGGUUAGAUGAAA